UAUGCUUCUGUGUCUCUCUCUCUCCCCUUCUCUCCGUAAAACCGAGGAGAGAGAAAACCGAAGCAGCAGGAGACAAGAAGCUAAAGCUUUUCUCCCCUUUUCUCUCUAAAUUUUCCCAGAAAGCAAAAUUACAAAACUACGCAAAGAAGGGAAAUUUAGAGAGAUAUGGGGAAGAUAGACAACAAUGGGGAAGAGGGUGUAAAGGGAUCUAUCAGUAAAUUCCCAUUGAACUUUUGGGAGGUCACGGUGGCUUCCACGGUGGUGCUGGGUUUUCUGUUCGGCCUUCUGGGUGUUUACCUAACCAUGCCCGCAUCCGAUUACAGCUUUCUCAAGCUCCCCCGGACCCUCCAUGACCUUCAAAUCCUCAGAGAUCACCUUGAGGACUACACAAGUGACUACACAGCUCAGGUUUUGUUAGGGUACUGUAUGGUUUAUAUAUUCAUGCAGACAUUCAUGAUUCCUGGAACUGUGUUCAUGUCGUUGCUUGCUGGUUCCCUUUUCGGAGUCUUCAAAGGUGUAGCUUUGGUGGUGUUCAAUGCCACUGCUGGUGCUUCUUCUUGCUAUUUCUUGUCAAAGGUGAUAGGGAGGCCCCUUGCCACUUCUCUUUGGCCCGACAAGCUCCUGUUUUUCCAAAACCAGGUGGCUAAAAGAAGACAGGGGUUGCUGAACUACAUGUUGUUUCUCCGAUUAACUCCAACCUUGCCAAACACAUUUAUUAAUGUUGCUUCACCAAUAGUCGAUGUGCCUUAUCAUAUUUUCUUCCUGGCAACCUCAAUUGGUCUGAUACCUGCUGCUUAUGUCACUGUCAGGGCUGGACUAGCUCUUGGAGAAUUGCGAUCUCUUGGGGAUCUCUAUGACUUCAACUCAAUAGCCACCUUGUUCUUCAUCGGAGUUGUCUCAGUUACGCCCACAUUAGUGAGCAAGAACAAAUCAUAGCAUUUCACUAGCUCAACUUUGCUUGGGGUACGUUGGGCCCCUGUUGUGCUUGCAGCCAUUCGCGUAUCACCUCUAUACAUUUUAGCAUCAAAUAAUUGCGCACCAGAAAGCUCUGUUCAUUCUGGAAAUUACUUUCUUGAUGAAAGCUUCACUGAAGAAUGUGGGAAGGUGUCUCCUUGGGUGUUGGGUUUCGGGGGUUAAUGUGUAUGUAUGUAAACUUCAAUUUCAGUUUCAUAGAGUAUGUGUAUCAGUAUCGUUGGUGACAGAAUGUAAAGGCAGUUUCUAGUAAAGUUCUAAGCUUUUUACGUUUCUAGUGUUA